CUAGAAAUUGCAUUUAAUGUAUUAACUUGACUAGUAAUGAACGUCAGAUUUGUAGCUUUACUAAGUAUAGGUAAGCCUAUAAUUUAAUUGUGUCUUCAAAUGACGGGAUAGUAAAAUGGAUUCGACUUCUGUUUCAAAGCAGAACUGACAGUACAAAAAUUAUAUAGGAGUAGAAAUACUGCAGCUGGUGCCAUAUUAAUGAACUACUGACUGUGAACUCAGAUGGCAGCUGAGCCAUUUGCACACUCAAGGCUGCAGAGAGUUUCAGAGAUCAGCCAUGGGCAUUAAAGGUUUGCAGGGAUUUAUGACAAAGGUUUGCCCUGAUGUAUGCACAAUGGUAAAUCUGAAAGAAAUGGCAGAAAGACACCGCAUCAAUCAUCCCGAUUUCCCUCCUGUUAUUGUAGUAGAUGCCAUGAGCUGUGUUAGAUACUGGUACACACCAGAAUCUUGGGUGUGUGGUGGCCAGUGGCAGGAGUACCUUGCUAAUUUAGAGAAUUUUAUUGAAGCUUUUAUGGCAGCUGGUAUCAAGUUGGUGUUCUAUUUUGACGGUGUGGUAGAAGAAAAAAAGAGAGAUGAGUGGAUCAAAAGGAGGUUGCAGAAUAACAAGGAAAUAACCAGAAUAUUUCAGUUUAUUAAGACUCACAGGAAACAACCAGGGAGAGAAAUGUUCGUUAUUCCUUCCGCUUUGCCUACUUUUACACGUUUUGCCCUAAAGUCACUUGGUCAAAAAACAAUAUGCUCAUUGCAAGAGGCAGACUUUGAGGUGGCUGCUUAUGGAUUGCAACAUAAUUGCAUGGGAAUUCUUGGGCAAGAUAGUGACUACCUCAUCUAUAAUACAUCUCCCUACUUUUCAAUUGAGAAGCUCUGUUUGGACAGACUGGUCACUGUUAUGUACUCUAGAGAAGACCUUUGCCGUGUGUUGGGUCUUAGUAUGACACACCUCCCUCUGUUUGCAUGCUUGCUUGGCAAUGAUAUUGUCCCAGAAAGCUUGUUGGAAGGCUUUUGGCAUAAAUGUUUAGUCAUCUAUCCCGUCAAGAAUAAGGGCUACAGCAGAAGAACUAACAUACUUCUAGCAGUAGCAAAUUACAUCUCAAAAGUUCCAUGCUCAUACGGCAGCCUGAAAGACUUGGAAAAUAUGCUACCUUUGGGAUCAGACAAGACUUUACUCUACAGAGGAAUGGAGUCCUAUCUUUUGCCUGGGCAGCAGUCUCCGUGGAUUCCUCCCAAUGUAACAAAUAUCCAGAUGUUCUCCAUUCAGCAAGAAACAGCCAUGUGUCAAGAUAAGGAAAUAUUUCAGUUAGCCAAAGAACAGCACAUCCAAUCUGAAAAUUACGCAAUCUUCAAUAUCCUGAGUAAUGGAGAGAUUGAGUGCAGCAACUCUUUGGAAGAUGAAUGUGAUACAGAGAUUCCUGGACAGGCACUCAUCUACCGCCCUGCUCGUCAGCAUAUUUAUUCUGUCUUGUUGGAAUCUGGAAAAGAUGGAGCCUAUCCUUUUGUAAAAGAGUGGUUUGUCUAUUUUGGAAAUCCUCUACAGCAACCAGAGCUGGUACAGCCUAUACAGCCUCCUGUUCCAGGUGGAACACCUAAUUUGAAAACACUGUGGUUUGCCAAAGGACCUGAUGUCGAAAAGCAACGCUAUAGUACAUUUCUGGCAUGCUUUCACCUUCAGGACAUGAUGGAAGAGCUCCAAGCUCUGGAAGCACCUGUUGCAGGAUUCUGCUGCUUGCUGACGUAUCUUAUCCUGCAGGUCAACAGCCUCUCUCUGGAGGACUUAAAUGCAUUUGUGGCACUCAUUCUCUGCCUCAAAGGGAAGACAGCUGCUCAACUGGCAGGUUUGCAGCUUGCACAAGUCGACUCCAGAGCUGUGCAUCUUGGCACUGUCUUUAUUCGUGGCCUUACAACUUUGCUCAUGGCCAAUAGUGCCUGUGGCUUUCCAUUCAGAAUGGAUGAUUUGAUGCCAUGGAAAAUGUUUGAUGGGAAACUUUUUCAAGAAAAAUAUCAGCAGUCACACCGAGGGUGCUCUUUGGAGGAGCUUUUGGAAGGCAGUGAAUCAUUGUAUACACCCUUCCAGAAUGUGAAGUCAUUCAUUUGCAAGGCUUGCAUGGUGAAGAACAGAACAAUCCAGAGCAGACAGAGAGGGAAUGGAAUUAUCACAGGAACACGACAAAGAGAACUCAAUCCCAGGUUCCAGCAAACACGCAGAACUUCUUUUGUUCCUCCAUAUCAUUAUCAGAUGGGGGUGUUUCCACGGAGAGGCCCUCAACCACAAGGUAGAGCAUAUAGAUCAGGACAUCCAGGCCAGAGGAGAAGAUUCGAGCUUCCUCCUCGGACUAUGCUUGUUAUGAGACCAAAAUCACUAAAACUUAAGGGAACCAGAUGAGAUGGCCCAGAUGACUCUACUCAUUACUGAGAGUGGAUGAAAAUGGAUAAGAAAACAAGAUAUAUUUUUAUGAAGUACUAUAUGCUGAAGAUCAUAAAAACUUCAUCAGUAUUUCAAGAAUGGUGGUGGGAAGGCUCUGAUCAGAAACUUAUCAUAACUUUAUUUUCAGUUACAUUUUGUUUUGUAUCCUUUUUGUUUCCAGCCUAUUGCUUACAGAAAUAAAUGUGUGGAAUUUUAUGAAAGUUACUACAUAAUUUAGGUUCUGGAUACUAUUGUUUUGAGCCCUUUACAAAAGCCUUGUCAACACAGUUAUGAAAAUCAAUCAUAAAAGAAGUAUGACCAAAAAGUAGAGGGCAAUUGUGUGUGUCAAAGAAGACUGCAGAAAUGUAAUUAAUUCGUCUGGUUCUAUCACUGAAAGACGGUAAAAAAAAAAAAGUCUCUUCUGAUAAGGUCAUCCUGUGCUAUGAGAGAAUGUAUGUGCAUCCAUCCUGUACACAAAAGGAUACUUUUCUGUAACAUGAAGUGCUUACAUUCAUUUCAGGGUUAAAAAAUGGUUUUUUUCUGUCCUGUGGCUUACUAGUUCCUCCGUUAUAAGUCUCAGAAAAUGAGAAAAGUGUAGCUAAAACAUUCAAGAAAUUUUUAGAAUUGAUUUUUUUGUAUACAAUAUAAUAUCCGAUCAGUUAGGGGCAGUAGAAUGCAGUGUCCGCUAUUAGAACAUCUAGAAUUGUCCUCCAUAUGUCAUUUCCUAAAGAUUUAAGAUUUAUGUCAGACCUUAAAUCUGUCUUUAAUAUCAACCUGAAGGCUUCAGCGUGAGCCUCUAACCAGUAUAAUUUUGAAGGAAAUUGUAAAUCAAGAGGAAACUAGCAGGCAUUUUGAGUGCAUUCAUUUUUUUUAAUGACAAUUGUUUGAAGCACAGAAGGUAAAUUGUUUUCUCCAUUGACAUCAGUGGUGAAUCAUUUGUAGUGGGGCAUUGUCAGUAGGGCAAUGAUUUCACUCUAUACUUAUAAGAUAGUCUUAAGGAUAUAAAUAAAUGAGCAGUGUACAGGUGAGGCAGUUGAGUAUCUCCUGUGUUAAUUUUCAUUGGUCUAUUACUCAUCACACAGUCUUAAUCACUGCUUUGGAGAUAGGUGUAUUUUUAGAAUAGACUCAAAAGUAAAUCUGUCUUUAGAAGUGUUUAGCUUGAAGAAAAUACAUGUUAUUUUUAUGUCCCAAAGAGAAAGUUUAGAUCUAAUUUUGAAAUUUAUUUUCAAAAUAUAUAGCUACUAUACAACUUAGAUUAAUCCUCAAGGUAUAAUGAUUACUGAUUUAAAAUUUGUUGGGUUUAGUCCAUUUGUGUUUAGUUAAUGUUUCUUGGGUCAUGUGCAGGUAACUCCUUCAGGUCAACUGUCAAUAGAACUUUUCCUAUUUACUAUACAUGUUGUGUCAAUAUGAAUAGUGUUGUGAGACAUACAUAACAUGAUACUAUAAUUUCCUCUGUCUUUUUUUUUUUUUUUUGCCUAUAACCCAAUAAAAACAUUCUGUCAUACUCUGCAUAUAACAA